AUCGUCACCUCAAACCUAUUCAUAGAUUCCAUCAUAUCUUCGUCUCAGAAAAUAAAGUCAUGUUUAAGCUUUUGAAUCUAAUCUUCAUCGGUUCUCUUUUCGUAAAUAUCGGAUUGGGUAUUGAUCUUCAAAAACGACAAGAUUUAAGUGGUUUACCAGGUUGUGGUCAAUCUUGUUUAGUUACAUCACUUACGACUAAUAGUGGAGGUUGUUCUCAGACCGACUUCGCUUGUCUUUGUAAAAGUGAAACUUUUCUUACUGCUUCUACGAAAUGUUAUGGAACGGAUUGUUCGGUAGCCGAUUCAGCUGCUGCUACUGCUUGGGGUGUUAAAACUUGUGCUUCUAUUGGAAUUACGAUCCCUACUUCUGUGAUCAGUCCGGCUAAUUCUUCUAAUGUUAACAAUCCGACUACGAACAGUACUAGUAAUACUGUGCCGAUCAAUUCUAAUAACUCGUCUACGACUGGGUCUUCUGCUAAAUCGAUUGGAUCAAUUGUUUCUGCUCCUCCAUUCGAAAUGAUGUUAUUCUUUUUGACUAUCCUUAUUUCAUGUUAAGAUGAUCAUCAGAUUCUCUCCUUCUUGCCGACACUUUCAUUUAUAUUUGAAUGGUGGAAAUUUCUUAUCUUUUUUUCAAAAAAUCUGAUUUUUCCUUUUUGUAUUAGUAUCUUUGUUCUUUUGAUAAUUGAAAAUCGAUUGAGUAUAUGAG